AACACAAACGAAAUUAAAAGAAAAGAAAAGAAAUGAAAAUGUAUCUUCACUACUUCAUCCUCUUCUCUCUCCUCGCCGCCGCCUCCACCGCCCUGGUACAGGACUUUUGCGUGGCGGACCUCUCCCUCCCCGCCGGACCCGCCGGCUACCCCUGCAAGAAAUCCUCCUCCGUCACCGCCGACGACUUCGCCUUCCACGGCCUCGCCGCCGCCGGCAACACCACCAACAUCAUCAGCGCCGCCGUCACCCCCGCUUUCGACGGCCAGUUCCCCGGCGUCAACGGACUGGGCGUCUCCAUAGCUCGGCUCGACCUGGCCGCCGGCGGAGUCAUCCCCAUCCACACCCACCCGGCGGCGUCGGAGAUACUGGUGGUGAUCGAGGGGACCAUCUGCGCCGGACUCAUAUCGUCGUUCGACAACGUUGUAUACCUGAAGACAUUGUUCAAGGGUGACGUGAUGGUGUUCCCGCAGGGGCUACUCCACUUCCAGAUAAACUCCGGCAAGACUCCGGCGCUGGCGUACGUGAGCUUCAGCGGGCAGAAUCCAGGGCUGCAGAUCACCGACUUCGCACUGUUCGCCAAUGAUUUCCCGACGGAGCUCGUCGCCAAGACCACUUUCCUCGACGUCGCCCAGAUUAAGAAGCUCAAGGGUGUGCUUGGCGGCACUAAAUAAUUUUUUCAUUUAAUUAAUUUGUAUUUUCUUGAUUUUUCAGUUCAUUUCUUUUUUGUGUUUUGUUUCAGUGGUUCAGAUUUGUGCCACGUUGGCAUUCUUAAUUCAUCCCAAAUUAAUUUUCCGGCAUUUUGUUAAUUGUUUG